AUGUCGACUUUGACACCUCCCGAAGACCAACCUGCCAGAGCCCGCAGCAAAUCCAUCGCACCAAAUCAGCUCCAAGCUGCUACACACCUCCAGGGUGGAACUGUCAAUAACACAUUGCAAGUCUCAUCGCCACCAAGAUCCAAAUCGAUGCUCGAUCUUUCAACUCCAGAACCAGAAACCACAGCAGGAGAUAGCACGACUAAUCCUCACUCACUUCUCGUUAUGCAGUUCAAGAACAAACACGGAAGUAAAGAUGGACGUACGGAUUCUCAAGAAUCUUUGAACAAGCCUGGAGGGAUAAUCGUCGGGGAUUUUGGCUCGCAAGAAUCGCUUGAUGAUCUUAGGAAGGCGAAGAAUAGAAUCACAAAGAGAAAGGUUCGUUUCGCGGGUGAUCUUCAUUUCGAUAGCUCCAGGAAUCGAGAGGAAACCAUAUUUGAUUGUGAGAUCGAUUUGUAG